AUGUCAUCGCCCGGAUUCUUCGCAUCGCAGAGACCGAUAGCAUCCCCACGAGACCAGCGCCCCAACACCACCCGCCGAAAAGCGCUCCACCAACGAUCGAAAUCGCAGCAGAACGAGCAGCAGCAGCAGCAACUCAGCCAGGUUCCAGAACAUCCUACCGUGCGCUUAGUCAACCCCUCGCCGUCGCCUCCCUCGACCACGUCCUCACAGCAGAGUCGCAGCGACGGCGACGAGAGCAAAGAGAAUUGGCAGCAAAAUCACGGUGGUGCACCGCCUCGCUUACCCCAGUCAGCCUUGGUGAAGCGAGCUAGCGUAUCAAGUUCAAGUAUUUCGGCUGCAAGCCGGGACUACGGUGUUUCAGAGACGCCUACGCCGGCGAAUGAGGCGCAGAGAGUGGACAAUGCGUCCAACAUUACCUUGCUCCCGAACAACUCGCAGCACGAGCUAUCCAGACGAACAUGGCACCGUCUCAGCACGAGCUCAGCCUAUUCCCAGGCCUCCACCCUCCAUGAAAGCGAGAUUGCCUCUUCGAAAAAGAGCGGCAAGAGCCAGAGAUUCAGUAGUUUGAGCCAGAUAUCAACUCUGCGAAAUACCCCAACACCGACCGAGCAGGAGAAUCGGGAACGUGCAGCAGCAGGUGAGGUGGCUGCCCGGUCAGGAUCAGGGUCGGCGCUGGCGUUGCAGACACUGCAGGAGACCUCGCCCGAACGACCACAGAGAUUGUCGACAAUUAGACCAGUUCCGGCAUCCGAUACAUCCACGUCCUCGCCGAUAGAGCCAGGUCCAGGUUCCCUAUCUGCGGACGAUUCUCCCACCCGGCCUCGUACUGCACCGUCUUCCGAUUUAGAACAGCCGUCAACUACUCCUCGUCACAGAACCUACUCCACUGGAUCGAUUCCUUCCCCGCCAAGCAGCCUUAAUACACGGGAUAUCAACACAACUCCCGCUUCUCAUCUACCGCAGGACCGUCCAGAAUCGCAGGCGAUUUCUGAGGCGACAUUUCCACCGCCGUCGUCACCGAACUUUAUCGCUUACACUCCUGACUCAGUGCGACCAAUUUCCAGAGGGGAUCCAAUUCGCAGUCCGACUUCUAUCGAUUCGAUUAAUUCACGCCUCCAAUUCCGAUCGGUUGGGCGUCCACAGACUGCGGACAGCCUAGCGACCAAGAGCUCUUGGGCAUCAACCUCAUCGAACGAUCCUCUCCCUCCCCUUCACAUUCCCAAGAAGCGGUUACGACAUAAGGCUGCAUCGGAGUCUCUCAGCACUCAGGCGAGCACUCAGGCAGGCUCAUCCCAUGCAGUUGAAUCAAUGGCGGAAGAAGAGAUCGACACGCUCCCGUACCCCAAGCGGCCAUUCAGCAGUCAUCUGAGCACAAUCGCAAGCGAGAGCGAACAAAGUCGGACGGCCAGUCAGCAUCUCAGCCAUUUCUCAUUGGGGAGUGGUGUGUUGACCGGCGACGAGGCGAGCAGUCUCCCACUUUCCCCUGUCGGUCAUCGACGGACGGGCAGUGCUCCUGCAGAGUCGAUAGGAUCGAACUUGGGAUCGCCAGGCACAAGAGGGACAAGUAGCAGCGAAUUUCAGGAUGACGCCGGUGACAUGACGCUGGGUAUAUAUCGUGAGCAAUCCGCGGUACCACAGCCGCUCUUCCGCGCGAAAGGGGCACCAAAUCUCUUGGACACCACGAAGAAGUACGACGGCCCGCUCCCGCCAAUACCACCCAUACCAAAGAGCAGAGAGAGUGAUGAGGAUUUUGAUACUCUUUCGGCAUUGCAGGCUCCCGGGUUAAAGCAGAAGAGGUCGGGGUAUUCAUUACGGCAGAGGAGUAACAGCACACCAAGUCAUUCGCGGCAGCAGAGCCAGGUCAGUUAUGUCGAGAGUGAGAGAUUCAGUCAGGGCAGCAGCCUGUUUCCGACAUGGGCGAGGAACUUUUACAGUGGUUCGCAUGGGUUGAAGAGCAAGGUGUCUUUGGGAAGUCUGUCGACAGCCAGCCAAAGACCGCCCAUGCAUAGACGGAACGACAGCUCAUGGACCGAACGAAGCAUUACAAGCAGACUUGGCACAGGCUACAGCAAUGUGGAAUCCAGCAGUCCGACCAGCAGCCAUUUCCUUCCGGCAAUCUUCAGACCGCGCACUCGCAAGAGGCAGAAUUCACAGCGUGACAGCCGGUCCUCCAAAGUCCGCAAGAGCGGCCGAUCGAAACCCUCUCACGAAAGCCGACGAGACUCAAUGGCUAUCUUUCAAGACCCUCUACCGCAAAGCCAGGAACCGCUCGCCGGUGGCUCCAACGGAGAAGAAGUGCUACCGUCAGGUCAACCGCGCUGGGGCAAGCUCAAAGGUUCUGAGACCUCCAGCCCUGAAGGCGGCCAUCGCCUGCCACGAAAAUACAGCAAGCAACGUCUCUGGGAUACGAUGGAGUUCCCUCGUCCAAUGACCAAAGACCGCCUCAGCGACUUCCACCUCCAGCCCGAUGGCCAGACUCCCCGCCUGGCGCCCUCGAAACGAACAUCGCAAAAUCGUCUCUCCGUCUGGCAAGCACCCUCUUUCGUCUCCUCGCUCGACACGCUCAUAACCUCCCGCUGCAACCGCCAGAUCCUCCUCUUCGCUUUAGGUUUCGUGUGUCCGCUCAUGUGGAUGCUAGGCGCGCUGCUGCCGCUGCCUAAGAGGCCGAUGAGUCCAGUCGAGCUGGAAAAGGGUCUGGCGGAUAGUCAGGACGAUGUAGCGGCUGCGAUGAUGAAGCACGAGGCGGGAGAUGCGGAGAGGAGGUGGAAAGAGGAGAAGACGUUUCUGAAAGCGAGGUGGUGGAGGAUGUUGAAUCGCGUUAUGAGUGUGGUGGGGUUGUUGGUUAUUGGUGCUAUCAUUGCCCUUGUGGUUGUCGCGACGACUUGA